UCCCUGGUCUCUCUGUUAUUUCUGUUUCGUUCUCAUUCCCUCAGUGGCAGCCUCAGGAUUUAGGCCUUUGUCUCUCUGCCUCCUCUUUCUCUCUCUCUCUCUCUUUCUCUCUCUUUCUCUCUCUGUUUUUUCUUUUUAUUUCUCUUCUCUUUCUGUCUCUCCUAAACUUGGGGUGUGUGUUCCUCAGUGUUUUCACCCCACUUGUUUUUCUGGCAGAUUGUAGAGAAGAGUUUUUGUUUAGCAGGAAUUUAAAAUUCAAGUGCCAGUCGACUCCAAAGCAGAAGAAGAGUGCYGUCGGUGCCCGCAAGAAGCAGAGGAGCCCGGCCAGGCAGAGCGCCCCGACCCGGCAGCGGUCCCCGCCGCCGCCCGCGACCCUAAAAGAGGAGGAGGAGGAGAAGCCGGCGAGCGGGMCUCGGCCGCCCCGUGGGGACGAGGAGGAGCCGGGCGAGGAGACGCCAAAGGAAGUGAGGGUGAAGCAGGAGGAAGAAGGUCAAAGAGACAUGCCCUCCAUACAGAUCAAACCAGAACCAGAGGAGAUGGAGUGCACGCAGGUAAAUGUAGGUGAUGACUGCUCGCAACCGACAGACCUGAAGGUGAAGUCAGACAUCAAGACAGAGGCCAGUUCGCCUCACGCCAGCCCUGCUGAGGACCAGACCGAGCCUGUGGACCUGUCGCUCAACAARCCUCGUUCCACUUCCACAACAAGCACCACAGUCAACCCUGCACCCAGCAGUUCUGUGUCCCAGCCCAGCCUGUCCGCCACCCCGGUCCCAUCCUCCGUACAAUCAAUAGGCUCCAUGGUUUUGUCUCCAGGCUCAAUCUUAGCCACGCAGGGGGCCGGGGGCCAGCAGAUCCUCCACGUUAUCCACACAAUCCCCUCGGUCAGCAUGCCGAGCAAGGUGGGCGAGCUGCAGACCAUCCCUGUGGUGGUUCAGUCGCUGCCUGUAGUCUACACCACCAUGCCGACCGACGGCGUCGCCACCGCAGCCAUCACGGUGCCGCUCAUCGGCAGCGACGGGCGCUCAGAAGGAUCUGUUCGUAUUAAACCGGGCUCCACGUCUCCCGAGUAUCAGAGCGACAGCGAUGCAGAGAGCGGCACCGAGUCCGGGUCGGCCUCCCUCAGCGCCCAGAGCCUGGAAGCCGGGUCUGGGAUGGACUUGGAGCCUGUGGAUCCCGAUACGUUAGACCUGAAGAGGCGGCGGAUCCACAUGUGUGACUAUGAAGGCUGUAAAAAGGUUUACACCAAGAGCUCCCACCUCAAAGCCCACCGGAGGAUCCACACAGGAGAGAAGCCGUACCACUGUACCUGGGAGGGCUGCACCUGGCGCUUCGCCCGCUCCGACGAGCUCACCCGACACUUUCGCAAGCACACGGGGAUCAAGCCGUUCCGCUGCACCGAGUGCGACCGCUCCUUCUCCCGAUCCGACCACCUCUCCCUGCAUCGCCGUCGCCACGUCAUGAUGUGAACUCCGCCCCCACAGCCGACCUUUCACCCCCCUCAAACUCCGCCCACCGUGUACCGGAGCCUCAGCUACGUCCCUCACAUCUUAUCUUCAUUAUUUACUCCUGCUGGAUUUUAAAGCCACUCCGCAGACGAAGCGAGGACCCUUCCUGGAGCCGUCUCUGUGCGUUUGUGCUCAUGCAUGGUGGAAGUAAUAAUCAGCAUCAUUGUUCAAACCCAAACCAGCCCUUUCUCUACAAUCCUGGACUGAGGUUUUAGACCUCAGAGUCGUCUUUUCUGAACAGAGGACGGACUGAAAGACAUUCAGCAGCAGGGAUGUUCAUAAAUCCAUCCAUCCUUCGAUUGAGAGGAGGAGCAGAAGCAGGGCGGACAUGUUUGAUUUCAAACGUUUUUAUGACUYGGACGUCACUUCAGCUGCUCGUCUCUCACAUUUGUUAAUUAUGUUCACAGAUUAUCAGAAACGAGGGCGACGCUCACAGAAACAUCCUGAAAUUCUCCCACCGAAAGAUUUUUACACUGAAUUUGAAUCUAACUUUAUUUAAAGGCUCAAAAAUUUGAAUAAAUGAUUCUCUACAUCAAGACAGAACAACCAGGCUGCUGAUAGGGUUUUACUCACAUGUCAGAGCAGCUCUGAUGAAGUCAAACCCCUCCUUUCAACAGGAAGAAAAAUGAUUUAUAGUAAGGAAACUGAAUGCUAACUGAUUUUAGUUUUACUUUUGAGUGUCUGUACUGUGUGUUUAUGUUGAAUGGGGGGUUUAACUUCACUUCAGCCCUUGCUCUGAUAGCAAUGGAAGACAACUAUAAAAGUCUUGAUGCAGUUUAUCUGACUUGUCGGAUCAGUGAAGUCCAACCCCUCCUCUUCAACAUUAAACAUCCGCAGGGGUUUUAGCUAAAAACAACCUGAGAAAUCAAACUAAACUGCUUGUAUUUCAUUUAUAAAAUGUUCUUUUGGCUAAUUUCAAAGGGCUCCGUGGACACAGACGUGUCUGUUUUUAUAAAAUAUAAACCGUUCUGUUAGCGCUGCAGCUAAAAACAGGAAGUGGUGCUUGCAGGUGUUUGGCUGCUUUGUAGUGCUUUGGAAACACGUCUGGCUAAAAUGUUGAGCAAAUAGUGCACAUGCAACGUGCACAUGCAACGUGCACAUCAGUUCAUCUGCAGCAGCUGAAGUGACGUCCAGUAACCCCCUCCCCCUCCCUCUGGUACAUGAAGCUACAAGACUGUGAACUUUCUAAAGACUAAUUAGUUUUCAGAGUAUCAGUCACACUGUUGUGUUCUCCCCCCCCCCCUCGUGCACACACACCUUCCUGAUCCUUCUUUAAUAACAGUAUUUGCUUUGUAUGCUUUGUUGUUGGUGUUUUUUGGAAAAAAAAAAGAAAAAGGAGAAAGGC